AUGCCACCCACUCGGACUACCACCAACAAGACACCCCGUAAACCCGCCGUGCAACCUAUAGCUUCCUCAAGUAAACACACCCUCGACGCUAUACCUCCCGCUGACGUACCGGAGAGUAUCACACCUGGCUACGUGUACAAGGCCAUCACAGAAAGAAAGAGAUUGAAUGAAGAAGAACGAGCCAGGCUGAUUCAUGAGCUUGUGGGCUUUCAACCUCGGAAAUUAUGCGAUGAUAUAUCUGAAGUAGCCCGUCAACAAGUGUAUGUGACCAUUAGUGCGAUUGAAUCAUGGGCGAGGGAGAAGUCGAACCAUAAUCCCAAAUAUGAGACUGAAUUGAUUACGGGCUUGGUAGCACUUGAGACUCUCCUAGAAUCACACGUAGAUAAAGCGUUCGACAAGUUUACCGCAUGGGUGUUAAGGAAUGCAUUCGAAUUUUCACCGGAAUUGGAGGUCGUCCUGCCAUGGCAAAAAGGAUUGGAUUUCCAACGAGGUGAAUAUGUAGCGAACUUGCCUAAAGGUCAAGAUACCCUUGACGAAAAUUUGGAUGAGAUGAGAUUGAAAGUCGAACAGGCCCGACUAUUAGCUCACAAGCUCGAUUUGGCAGAAGAGAAAUUAGAUAGACGGAUAAACGUAGCCAAACAACGUAAAGCAGAAGUAGGAUUUAUCAAACAAGUUAUCGAUUCUGCUGGAUUGAACCCACUUGAUAAACCUGCUCAACAAAUUCUCCCUACCCUCUUAUCCCUACACGAAUCACUCAAACCCCUCGAACCAUCCACAUCUACCAUCGGUACGGGGAUUUCUACGAGGAAUACGCCGAACGACCAUACCAAAGCGUGGGAAUUGGGUAGAUCAGCAUAUCUUAAUUGGGCAUUAGGUAAAGUCAUUCCCAACACAGGUGGUACCGGUACGAUACAGGGUGGGGAAGGUGGUGGUGGAGAUAAGUUGAUUGAUGUUGAGAGUGAGAUAAGGCAAGUCAUUGGUGAUGAGAAUAAUAAAGCGGAUAUAGAGAGAGUUCUGGGUAAUUUAUAA